AACUACCGCGAUGUGCAAGUUAUUUUGAUAUUUUCAUUUUGAUAUUUACUCUCUAUACAAGAUAAAUUCCAAAAAUCCCUUAUUACGCGUUUCCUUUCUUGGAUCUCGGGAGUUCUUAAAAGAUUUUUCCCACAUAUAAAAAAAAUACUGCAAUGUAUAAUGAAAAUAGAUUUAAUAUGGACUAUGAAAUAUACAACUAGUUGUACAUCAUAUAUUAGACUGUACAUCGAAGACCUUUUAUGAGCGCUCACGCCAUUUUUAUUUAUAUGUGGUGGGGGGUAACAAAGUGUGCAACAUUGUAUAUGGGAUUUAUAAUUAUCAAAAAAUUGAUCUUGGAAUGGAACUUGAUUAUGCGAUGUAAUUGUAAUAUAAAUUGUGAUUAUACAUAAGAUAAAAUUAUAUUAUCGCCAAGCAUAUAAAGUUAUUAAUGCAAUUGCUGGACCUUCGUAUUAUUGGUGUUAACUACAGAUUUUUCUAUAAUUACAAUUCGGAUAAAAUGGAUUAUCGUCAGAAGAUUGUUAUACCAAACAAUACUCAACAAAAUAUAAAAAAUGAUGAUGAAGAUGAUGAAGAUUUAGAAGCAUUACGACUUGCAGCUCUUCAAUCAUUAAGAACUAAAGACACUGUGCAUAAUAAAAAACAGCCCCCACCACAGAAGAAUAUUUCAGAUAUAAUACAUAUAUCUCAUUCAUCUUAUAAAGGCCAACGACCUUUAAGAAGAGGAUAUUUCCAUAAUCGAAUACAACAACGGCAAAAUGGCAAUUUAUAUUAUCAAAGUCCACGUAAUCCAAAUCUGAUAGCAAUUGUUCCUGUAGAUGAACGUUCUGUGCUACAGCAAAGUGAUUUAACUUGUUCGAUAGAAAAAACUGCUUCAAAUAUAGAAUCUUAUUCUGCAGAAGUAUCAAAAUUUCAUCGGUUCAAAGAUAGUGGAAGUGGUUCAGAUGAAGAAGAUAACAAAGAGCAGAAAACUGUAAUUACAAAAUCAGAAGAUAUUAAAAAAGAUGGGAUAGAUGAUAAAACAUCUAUGAUAAAUGAAAAUCAAACAGAAAUUAUAGAAAAUUCGAAAAAAAUUGAAGAAGAUCAAGAAGUUAAUGAUGAUGAUGAUGAUAUCAUUAUAAUGGCUGAUCUUGAAGAAGAAGAUAGUUUAGAACGCUUAAUGGAUGAAAUGGAAAGAGAAAUGAAUGUUGAUAAACCGUCCGAGAGGAAAGAGAAGAAAGGUAAUAAAAAAGAAAAUAGAGAAUCUAUGAAAAAGGAUGAGGCAAAUAAGAAUAUGAAUCAGAAAAAUAAAAUAGAUGAUAAUAAUACUCGAAAAGAGAGAUAUAGUCCAGCACCAACAACAAUCAUUUUAAAAAAUGAAAGACGGUCUAUAUCUCCCCAUACUGUUAAUCGAAUUUCACAAAAGCGUAGAUCAUUAUCACCAAGAUCACGAUCAAGAAAAAAAUCACCUAGGAGAUCUCCUAGAAGAUCACCCAUUCGACAGUCAAAAAAGUCUCAACGAGAAAUAACAAGGUAUAGAUCACCUAGAAAGUCUCCCGUACGUUAUUCUCCACGAUCACGAUCACCAAAGCUUUCGUCACGUUCGAGAUCACCACGAUUAUCACCACGUAGAUCUCCAAAUAAAUCUCCAAUAAGAAGAUCGCCUAUUAAAAGAUUGUCUCCAAGAGGACGUUCUCCAAAACUUUCUCCGCAUUCCAGAUCUCCUAAACUAAUACGAUCACCUAAAACAUCUAUGAUGAAAUCUCCAAGACUGGCAAGAUCACGUUCUCCAAAAUUUUCACCACUUAGAUUAUCUCCUCAAUCUAGAUCACCAUUAAGAUCAAGAUCACCUAAGUUAUCUCCAAGACGAAUAUCACCUAUGCGUAGGUUAUCACCUAAAUCAAAAUCUCCCGGAUUAUCUCCUCGAAGAGGAUUGUCACGUAUAAUGUCACCAAAAAUAUCGCCACGAAGGAUGUCACCACGAUCAAGAUCACCGAAAUUAUCGCCACGUAGAUCACCAUGGUCAUCACCUAGAAAUUCUCCUCGAAUGUCUCCUAGACGAAAAAGAUCUCCCAGAUGGUCACCUAAAGAAUUAUCUCGAAAACAUGGGCCUCGAUCUAUUUCCCCAGAUGGAACAUGUAGUCCAUCAUAUACAAAAAAUUUAUCGCCAAUAAUUAAAAAUAGAAUAUCUCCAGAAACGAAUCGUGUGAAAGCAAAGCAAAAAGAAGAAAAUUUGGAAUCUACUAUAACAGAAAAAGAAAUUGAUGAUAUUAUUAAUGAUCCUGUAUUAGAAGCCAGACGAAGAAAGUUUGAAUCUACAAGGCCUAUAGAUCCAAUAAAUGCAAAUAAAAAAAUUAAAUUAAAUAAAAAAGAAAAUAUAAGUAAAAAAAUAGAGUCUUUAGAGGGCGGAGAUAUUCAAUCAAAUAUAAGAAAGAUUAACAAAAUUACAGAAGAUUAUGAUAUUCAAGAAACAGAUUUAUGUUUAGAUACUCAUUAUGAGUUUGAAGAAUUUGAACAAAAUAUGGAAAAUGCUUCUCCUAUCGCUAUAAGUUCCGUUAAUUCAUGUAUAGAUUUAGAAAUUCAAAAUCCAGAAAAAGAAAGAUCAUCAAAAAAAAAGAAAAAACGUGAUAAAGAAUUAUAUCAAGUGGGAAAAUUAAAGAAUGAACUUCCCCUUUCUGAACGUAUCGGAAAGGAUAAAAAAUGUAAAAAACGCAAAGAUGUUAUUUCGGACGGAUCGAGUGAAGAUAUGGACGCUAUUUUCGAAGAUUUAGUAGUUGAUAAGGAAAGUGAUUUAAGAACUGAGUUAAGUAGAAGACGCGCAGAAAGAUUAAACAGGACAGUGCCAAUUCAAUCUGCAAGAUUAGUGCAAUCUGCUUUUAAAGGAGUUGUUAAUGAAGUUGUCAAAAGCAAUGCGAAAGUAAAUCAAAGACAUUUAGUUAAGGCAGAUGAAAAAACUAAUCAAAAAGAAGUUAGACGAGUUACUGUUCUUCAUAGGUCAAUAUCAGAUAUACAUGAUUCUGAAGAUGAAAGUUCUCUUGAUUCAAAGAUGCCUGUGCGUUUUAGGCUGGGUUUAAAUAAACAAGAUUCCAGAGAGUCAAAAGUUUCACGAAAGGCAUCUAAAAGACAGGGUCGCAAGGAGUAAACUAAACGUGUGUUCUUCUGAUUGCUUAUAAAUAUGAAGAGUGCAUAGCUGUUCAUCUUACCUCCUAUUUUAUUAUCAGCAUAUGAAGAUAAAAUUUAUUAAAACUUUAAUUGUAUUAAAAAUUGCACUCUUGUAGAAGAAAUAUCUGUUUUAUUUGGCGUGUGAUCUAGCAUAAAAAUGAAAAAAACAUUCUUCUAGAAGACAAUAUCAAUAUUUCAAAGUACUUUAUGUAUGAUUGUAUCUAAUUAUUUAUUGUUAAGUGUUAUAGUAGAUAGUUGAUUACAUGUGAUUAUAAAUCAUUUGUUGUGUUAAAGUAUUUGUAAAUAAUUUACAUCAGUCACUCAUUUAAUAAAUAAGUAUCAUUGAUAAUCCCAAAGUCACCUUUUGUAAACCUAAGUAUAUUAGUAUUUUAAAAAAUUCUGUAUAAAAGAAUCGAUUGUAAAUAAGAAUGUUGUUAAUAAGCGUGCAAAGUGAAAAAUAAGUUGUAUAUUAUGUAAAUUGAGUUAUUAAUAAUAUUAAGAUAUUGAAUACAUCAUAUAAACUUCUAUAGCAAUAGAAAAAUGAUUUUAUUAAAAUAUAUUUUAUUACAUAGUUCAAAAGUGACAAGCACGAAGAUUUGAAAUUUCAAAAAUGCAGUGUACCUUAAAACCUUGGCUUUUCUCUGCUUGUUAUUUCAUACUUGAAUUAUUACAUAGUGCAAAUGAUUAUAUUAUAUUCAAGUAAAAAUAAGAGGGUGUAUAUCUACAUAUAAAGAUUAUAUAUAUAAUUAAAUAAUAUUAUGAUUCAAUUAUUAGAAUUAUAUAAUUUUCCAGAAUUAAAGUAUUUAGUAAAUUAUAAUAAUUUUAAUUUUUCAUUAUAUUUUCUAUUGUAAUGUUUUAGAAAAAUAUUUAAUAUGUUUUUUUUUUGUAUUUUACAUGAUAUUAAUUAUGAUUUUCUCAUAUAAUUAGACUUUAUCAUUAUACCUAUAACUGUUUUAUUUUUAUAAAUAGCAUAUUGUAAAAUACAUAUUGAAAGUAAAUUAGCAUCAUGUGUUACCAAUAAGCUGAUUUAGUAAUUACUUACAAAUGUAAAUUUAGAUUAUUUCAGAUAUUAUAUUUCACAUAUGAGAUAGCAUACUUCAUAGUAUCUAUGAAGAUGUAAGUUAUUUUUAAUUAAAUAAAAAGAUGAUAAUUACAUUUAUAUGAACUUUUUUUAAUAGAAAUUUUGAUAUAAAAAUAUUUAUAUAUAAUACCUUAGAAUAAAUUUAUAUGAUUCUGAAAUUUAUAUGAUAUGAUUCUUAUAAAAAAUUUAAUCAUUAUGUAUGUUAUGAUUUAUAUUUUGUUGGUCAUAUCAUAAUGAUAUAAUUUUAAAUAUACAUUAAGAAGGCAACAUAUGCCUUGAAUCAAUCAAACUAUGGUUCUUAUAUUUUUUUAUUUAUAUGCCUUUAUGCAUAUGUUUUAAUAUCAACUCCAAGAGUUGAAUAAUUGAUAUAUUAUUGUUGUAAAUACAAAAUAACUCAAAAGACUUGCAAUUGUUGAAUUUAUCUAUCGUACAAAAUGUGAUACAUAAAGACUUUUAGACAGUCUUAUUAAUAAUAAGAACAUUACUUAUUGUAGAAUAACACUAGUUUUUUUCAAAUUUAUUUAAAAACAAAUCAUAACAAUAUAAUACAUAGUUCAUGAACAUAAAAAUUUAUUUGAUAUUAUAUUUAAAUUAUUCUUCUUAAUUCUUAAUUUUUAAUUUAUGUGCAUUAUUUAAAUAUUUAAUUUUAACAUAAGAUAAAUAUGAUAGUAAAUAUAUAUAAAAAGUAUAUAUGAAAAGUAAUAUAAUUCUUUUAUGAAUUUUACUUGUAAUUGUGUUAUUCUAUAAUAAGAAUGUAAUAAUAAAUUUGUAAAUUUGAUUACUAUUGUUAUGAUGUUUUAUUUAUUUAUCUAAUUUUUGUCACUGUAGGAAAUGCAGAUGGAAUUUCAUAAUUAAACAAUUUUCAUAAUAAUUUACAAACUUGAAUGAUAAAAGAUAAUAAUAAUAUGCAUAUUUUCAUUUUAAUAUUUUAUUAUUUAUUAUAUUAUUAUAAUAACUUUAUUAUCUAUAUGAUUUUAUAAAUGAUUAUUAUAAAUCUAAUUUUCUGUUCCAUCUGUAAUUUGCUACAUUAUUCUUAUUAUUGCAUACAAUUGUACUAUUUGUAUAAUUAUGUACUUGUACUUACAUUUUUUUACAAAAUAACAUAUAGGUUUUAAACUGUUUAGACAUAACAAAAUACAAAUCUCAAGUAUUGAUAUGAAGCAAGAUCAGUGAUAUAUAAUAAUAUAUAAUUCAUAUUAUUUAAAAUCAAGAUUCUUAUUUCAGAAAAAUAUAAAAUAAAAUAUUUUUGACUUAA